CUUGACUUUCGACCCCCAACCGGCCAGGAUGGUUAACACCGGCUUAACUCUUCUUAGACCAGUCCUGUUCCUGGUGGAAAGUCUAUCCAUGAUGAUUUGGCAGCAGUCACGCCAAUGAGACACCCCUCUUGCGUUCGAAUAACGUUAUGGAAGCAUCCCAAGCCCCAUUCCACAGUGCUUGCCUUCCAAGAGGGGACUUUCUGCAUGGAUCCCGGGACGCGUCAUGAAAUCCCACGGCCCGAUGCAGCCAGGGACCCUGAGAGGCGAAUAAUGCGAACUGACAGCCUAAGGCAACUGUUACAGUGUCGCUGAUCCGGCACUCGCGGGUGCAUCUGGUUCAAUACUAUUUUACGUCUACGAUCUCAAAUCACACUCCAUACCCAAUUUAUCGAUGGGAAUGUUUGAGCAGCAGGUGACUCCGACCACCAUUGCACAGACGAGCUCCGGGAGGAACUCAGUGCGGUAGAGGAGCCAAUUAUGCCCGGGGUAAAGUUACUCUAGUACGCCAAUAUGACCUGCCAUCCUAUGGUCAAUUAAGAAGGAAUUGGAGGUUGAUUAUGCGUUCGUGAGGUA